AUGGGUAAGGUAGUUUAAAAAUUACACAAUAUAACAAACACUGAAUGGAACAACAAAGCACUCAGCAGAUUAAGAAAAAAUGAGGUAGAUGAGAUCUACUCCAAUGCUAUUAACUACAUUCUAAUUAAUAAUAAUGCUGUUUAAUACUCUUUCAAGGUCAAAGUAGAUUUGGUUACAAAAUUGUUGAGGACAAUUGAUACCUUUUGUUAAACUGCUAGCUAGAUAAGAUUUGCACAGAAGUCUAGCUUAAUUAUAGAUCGUUAUACUGUAUAAAAUUACUGA